AUGGCGCACGGUUUGAAUUCCUUCGGAUUAGCUCGGGCCAAUGAAAUGGAGGUGGGGGUGGGUGCUCUGGUUUCUAGAGUUUUGUCUGAGAUAAACCUUACUUCCACCCCAUUAAAAUCAUCAUUCACUCCUCAAGUCAUUCAUUUUGCAAAGAAUUCGCAUAGUUUAAGUAAAGACUUCCAUGAUCGCGUUUUUAUUCUGGAUGGCAAAGCAUGCCAGGUUCACGUUUUUUCAUUAGAUGAUAGUAUGAGGAAGAAGACAUUCUUUCUUACACCACAGCCGUCAUCAUAUCCCGUGUCUAUGCUAAUUUCACCCGACAGAAGCUUUUUAGCCAUACUUACGGAGACUUCUGCCCACGUCGCCGACAUUUCCAAAACGGAGUCUCUCUUGCACUCAAAACAAGCAAAAAUAAUUGCAAAGCUUACAACGGUUUUUGAUUCCUUAUCUGGGGAUUCUGUUGCAAUAAGUCGCUUGGUUCGUGUCCGGUGGCAUCCAUAUAUCCCCAAUCUGCUCGUUCUACUGAUCAGUGAUGGCAGACUCAUACUUUGUCGUUGUAUUUGCUCUUCGGGUGGAUCUCUCAAGUUUGAAAAUGAGCUCGUCAUUUAUCUUCUUGAAGCACCUGACCAUGCAGACAAGGAAAAUAGACGUACCAGGGUGUCGCGAGGACUGAAUCUGAGCGAAGCGAUGGGAGCCGUCUGUUGUGACUUCGAUUUUGGCUCCCCGCUCUUCUCCGAUGGAGCACGCUUUUCACAUGAUGCACCUCUCCGCGUACCGAUUUAUGUUAUUUGCGAGAACGGUGACAUACUACUGGUAAGCGCGUCCCCCAUGUCCAUCAACAAACCGCUAGUUCGCUUCGUUCGAAUUCUCCCUACAAACGAGGAUUAUUACACCUUUGACUUUACUACCCUCAUAUGUCUUCGAUUAGACGAGAAUGAAAACCAACCAGACAUUGUUUGCUUCGCCAAUAGAGCUGGAAGGAUAUUCCAUGGCAUUUGUUUGCACAUUCCACCGUCUGUACUGCUGCAAUCUGAUUGUCGUCCACAAGUUACAGGAUUUUGUCUGAACCUGUUGGGUGUAAUUCGAGCUCGUGUGGGUUCGCAAACCAAGGUUGGCUCGGUUGCAAAGCUGCAGAAGCUUAUCGUGUGGCAUUUAGAGAGGGUGGUAGCCGGAGGUCGCGGCAUCCCCAUCCUUUUCCUUAUCGAUAGUGUCGACCUGGAAUUACCAGUUCUGGACAAGUCUUUCGAGGCCUCAAUGAAACACGAUGGGGAUAGUGACGUCGAUUCGGAGGUUGAAUCGUGCAGCCUGAAACUGGCGUUGGUCCCUUCCUCGUAUCUCUGGUCUCACAGCACAGUUACAGCUCCACUUGACUUGGGUAGCAAUUACUUCUGCCUGCACGACUUUGGCAUUCACCACGUGCGCAUUCCCUGGGUGAAUGACCUCUGUGACCUCUACUCCUCCGUAUUUAUCGAGGAGGACUCUAACUCGAAUCUGCUGGAGAAACUUCGGUCAAACAUGUGCAGUGUGGAGUAUCUCUUACUGACUCAAAGUCUCAGCAGUCAGACCUACGACAGUAGAAGUCCAGGUCGAGCAGUGAUUGGUCUACUGCCCCACAGGGCCUCGGCGGAGUCGCCCUCUGAUACUGACACCUCUCCGGCCUUCACUGUGGUCUUCCCCUCCAAGCCCGAAGUUGUGACUGUGCCGCUGCCCUGCCGGCCGCCCUCACGGUCUGACACUGUUGCCGAUUUGCCUUCAGUACGCUGCGAGCAGUGGGUUCAAAGUUUGGAACAGAAGGAAUGCAAACUGCCAGUGAAAUCGUCUUCUAGUCGCCCAAAGGAAUCAGAAUUCGUAAAGAAAUGUCGACGCAGCCUCAAGGCAGCUGAAUCCUCCAGGCUGCCGAUCCUGUCCUCCUUAGAUGAUGGAAUUAACCCCUCUGAACCGAAAAUUUUCCGCCUGUUCCUUAAUGCGACAGACACGCUGCGCAUCUCGCAGCUAAGCCAGCUGGCGGGCCUGGCGGCGUCUGUUUGUCGAUUUGCGGAGUAUGUGGAGGGUCAGUUGGCGGCGCAGUCCGAAGAGGUGGCUGGGCUCGCAGCGCAGCGCGAAGCUCUCCAGACUCACGCCGCUCGUCUCGCGGACCGCCACUCGCGUAUCCUCGAGCGACAGGAGGCCCUCAAUCAUCGCCUCUCGGAGCUUGCUCGACGCAUCUACAGCAUCGAUGCAGGACUGACAGACGCAGAAUUGGAAAUGAGCAGCAGCGUGCAGAAUCUGCGAGACCGGCUGAAAUCGGGCCUGCUGGGGUGGUUGGAGAACAUUCGAUUGCAGUACGACCACCUGGUAACGCGUCUGCGAGAGCAGCAACGUGCUAGCGAUGGCAUCAGCUUUGGCCAGAGCCGAACCGAGAGGCCUAGGGGACCACAGUCGUCACCGCUAUCGCCCGCCCAGGUGGAGAACCUUGUAACGGUACUGAAAGCCGAGGGCUCGGAGAUCGAUGCACUAGUGAAGGCGGUAGAGAAACUCAAACUAAUUUCCGCUGCUGCUACUACCACGCCCUAA